UCAGCAUAUAGGUUACCGCCGUCGUAGGUUCACUCUUUUAUUCGGCCUGUACACAUCGAUCCGAACACGACGCACCGACGCACCGACGCACCAUGAUGCAAAGCAAGCCUCUGCAUAAAGUCGCCAACUUGGAUCUGGCGGACUGGGGUCGCAAGGAGAUCACCCUGGCGGAGAACGAAAUGCCAGGGCUUAUGUCACUUAGGAAGAAGUAUGGCCCAUCAAAGGUGUUGCAGGGUGCGCGAAUCGCUGGCUGUCUUCACAUGACUGUGCAAACUGCGGUGUUGAUUGAGACCCUGGUGGCACUCGGUGCGGAGGUGCAAUGGUCGUCUUGCAAUAUAUUCAGCACGCAGGACCACGCAGCGGCGGCGAUAGCAAAAACUGGAGUACCAGUGUAUGCAUGGAAGGGUGAAACCGACGAGGAAUACAUAUGGUGCAUCGAGCAGACUCUCGUAUUCCGGGACGGUAAGCCGUUCAACAUGAUCCUCGAUGACGGCGGUGAUCUAACGCAACUCGUGCAUACCAAGUAUCCAGAUUAUCUCAAGGAAUGUCGGGGCCUGUCUGAGGAGACUACCACUGGAGUAAAAAAUCUUUAUCGCAUGCUGAAGGAGGGUACGCUUAAAGUGCCAGCGAUUAACGUCAACGAUUCCGUCACGAAGAGUAAAUUCGACAAUUUAUACGGAUGUAGGGAAUCCUUAAUAGAUGGUAUCAAGAGAGCGACCGAUAUUAUGAUCGCUGGUAAGGUGUGCGUGGUAGCCGGAUAUGGAGAUGUGGGUAAAGGAUGCGCGCAAAGUCUCAGAGCUCUUGGUGGUCGCGUUAUCAUCACGGAAAUCGAUCCUAUCAAUGCGCUUCAAGCGGCUAUGGAAGGAUAUGAGGUGAUGUCGAUGUCGGAUGCAUGUAAAAAAGGCCAGAUAUUCGUGACCGCUACAGGAUGUAAAAACAUUCUGACUAGUGAUCACUUCAUGAAUAUGCCAAAUGAUGCCAUCGUAUGUAAUAUAGGACACUUUGAUUGCGAGAUCGAUGUUGCGUGGUUGGAGAAAAAUGCCGAGCAGAAGAUCAAUAUAAAGCCACAAGUGGACAGAUACCUAUUAGGAAACAACAAGCAUAUUAUUCUUCUUGCGGAGGGUCGUUUGGUAAAUUUGGGUUGCGCGACAGGCCAUUCGAGCUUCGUCAUGAGCAACUCGUUCACGAAUCAAGUACUCGCGCAGAUUGAACUCUGGACGAAACCAGGCCAAUACAAGAUUGGCGUGCACAUGCUGCCAAAGAAGCUGGAUGAGGAAGUUGCGGCGUUGCACUUGGAACAUUUAGGUGUGGUCUUAACAAAAUUGACGCCAGAACAAGCCAAGUAUUUGGAUGUACCUACGGAAGGACCUUACAAACCUGAUCAUUAUAGAUAUUAGUCAUCGAUACUUAAUGUGUGCAAAAAUUUGUAAUAAGCUACAAUUACAGUUAUUGUUCUUGUAAUUAUGAUGGCAUUUGAUUGACGAGUGCAUUAAAAUUUUCAUCUUUUUAUAAA